UUUCAGAUAUACCCUUGUAAACUUCAUAAUUACAUGCAUACCCCUAUGAAGCCCAAAUUCUUACAUGCAUGCAUAGUAAUCUUGAAGGGGUAUAUAUGUACAUAGAUGAGAUAUUCCAGGGGUAUAUUUGGACAAAAAAAAAGUCCCUCAAGUCAUAGGCAUUCGCUAUCAACACAAUGAUAUGGGACUAUUUGGAAUCAAACCAAUUAAAAUCUAAAACAAAAAUGUCCUUUUGCUUUAUACUUGCAUGUAUAAAUAAGUGAUGCUUGAGCUUCUUUAGUUCACCAAACCAGCAACUCUUCUUGUGUUUGCUUUAACACUUCUCACAUUUCACAAAUGGAAAGAAUGAAGAACUUAGCAUCUCAAAAACCAGUAGUUAUAUUCAGUAAGAGUUCAUGUUGCAUGUGUUACACUGUUGAGACACUCUUCUCCGACCUCGGUGUAAAUGUCACGGUCUAUGAGCUCGACAAAGAUCCUAAGGGACGAGAGAUGGAAGUGGUUCUAGCCCAGCUCAUCGGCCGGAAGGUUCCAGCCGUCUUCAUCGGCGGAGAUCUCAUUGGCGCAACCGAUGAAGUGAUGACACUUCAUCUCGGAGGUAAAUUAGUGCCAUUGCUAAAAGCGGCCGGUGCUUUAUGGGUUUGAUUAAUUAUAAUAAUUAAGUUCGAUAUCGAAAUAAAUGUCACGCAUCAUUUUUCAUGUGUGUGCAAUGUAUUAGGUAACUAACAAAUAAUGCAUGUAUAUGUAUGAGAGGAAGAAAUAAAAGGGUUGAGAUAUUUUGUGUGAAAUGAGAGGAAGAGGGAAAAAGGAGGGAAACAGGGAGGAAUAAGUUCUACUUUAUAUUGUUCUCUGUAUUCCUUCAAAUCCAAAUGCUAAUAAAAAGUGAAAUCAAUCCUCAUCACAAAUCCAGAAUGGGAAUAUCUUUAAAAUGUUGUUUAACAAACAUGUACUUCAGAUGCUGUACAAUGUGCUAGAG